GAACCCUAGGCUAUCCAUAGCUCAGUGGUUAGGUGGUCCAUUUAUAGGUUAUAGUGAUAUAGUAUUGUUUGUUAUUAUGACUUGUUAGAUAAGAAUAAUAUACUACAAAUUCUUAUUAGCUUGACUGUUAAGUUAAAUCAAACUCACUCAUUACCUGCCACAAGCUAUAGCUAUAAUGCCACCGCAUUUAACCAAUUUCCAAGAGGACCCAAGUGAACCGGAGUCAGGAUCAGAAUCUGAUGGAGACAGUGGCUCUAGCAACAGUAGUAGGAGUGGUAGCCCAGCAUCUCACCCUGGUGUCGCUCCCACUCCGGGACAUGGAGGUGACAGUGGCUCUAACAGCCCUGCAUCUCCGAUCUCCCAAAGAUCUCGCUCCAAGAGUGUAGCAGAGUCUGUGCGAUCAGCUAGCCCUUAUGGCUCAGAGCGGUCUCCUAGCCCAAAGUCUCACACAUCCGAACACUCUCCUCAACGGUCUCGAUCACCAAGCCCUGCUCGGUCUGAAGGGUCUGCUCGUCCCAAAAGCCCAGCUAACUCUGAAGCAUCCAUGAGAUCACACAGUCCAGCACAGUCAGAAGGCUCUCAGAGCCCAAAAUCUAAUCGCUCUGUUAGUCCUGCACGUUCAGGCUCGGGUAGCCCUAAGUCCCUAAGAUCAGCAUCUCACAGCCCAGCUAGGAGUGGACGUUCAGCGAGUGCAGUUCGUUCCCCUAGUGCGGCUCGGUCAGUAUCUCGUAGUCCAAAAUCUGCCCGGUCAGCCCAUUCCAGUGGGGAUCGAAGUGGUUCUGGCAGUCCCCAUUCUGGUCGUUCAGCAUCCCACAGCCCAAAAUCACAUCAGUCUCGCAGCAGUAGGAGAUCCCACCAGUCACCUGGAUCACCUCAUUCAGGAUCCAAUAGCUCUCUCAGCCCUGAAAAAUCCCGGAAAUCUGUUAGCCCUACUCAUUCUGCUAGAUCUGGAAGUGCUAAGUCCAAUAGGUCAGCUAGUCCUGCUCACUCAGAUGGUUCAAAGAGUUCAAAAUCACAUCGUUCUGAUAGUCAGGGAUCAGACCGAGGAGUAAGCCCAAAAUCUCAGCGAUCUCGUAAGAGCUCUAGAAGUCCUAAAUCACAGUCUUCCCACAGUCCCAAGUCUGACAGAUCAGGUAGUGCUGCUUCAAACCGCAGUAAAGCCUCUGGGUCUCGAAGAUCAAGAUCAAGGUCACAGAGCGCAGGAGGUCAUUCAGGCAGUGAUGACGAAGGCAAGUCAAAGAAGGGAAAUGCUUCAGGGAGUGAUCACAGUGAUGCUGAAGCGGUUGUAAAGAGGAAAAAAGCAGUUCUUAGUGACAGCGGUUCAGACUCUGAUGUUGUCAAGUCCAGAAAGAGGGUUAAAAUCGGCUCUGGCAGUGAAGAUGGUAGUGGAGAUGAAUCAAAGAAACCUCCAGUUGAUAUGGAGGAUGUGUUUGGAAGUCCUGUGAGUGACAUAAGCAGUGAUGAAGCAGAAGGCGAGGGCGCAGCUGUGAGGCGUGACAGUGAUGUCAGACGUUCAGACGACGAGGUGCGCCGAGAGAGUGACAAUGAGGCCCGUCGCAGUGAUGAUGAACGAUCCCCGCGCAGAGAAGAGGAUGACCAGGCAGAGGAGAAAGAGGUAGAAGAACCCCCUCCUGAAACACGUAUUGAUGUGGAAAUUCCAAAAAUCACUUGUGAUCUAGGCCGAGAAAUUCAUUUUGUUAAAAUGCCCAACUUUUUAUCAGUUGAAACUAGACCUUUUGACCAAGAUACAUAUGAAGAUGAAAUAGAUGAAGAAGAAACAUUGGAUGAGGAAGGAAGAGCAAGGCUGAAGUUGAAAGUGGAGAACACGAUCAGAUGGAGAGAGGCAUUUGACAGGGACGGGAAUGUUGUGAAGGAAAGCAACGCUCGCUUCAUCCGCUGGUCUGAUGGCAGCAUGUCUCUACAUCUUGGCUCUGAAGUCUUUGAUGUCUACAAGCAGCCCCUACAGGGAGACCACAAUCAUUUGUUCAUCAGACAAGGUACAGGUCUACAAGGUCAGGCAGUGUUUCGUACAAAGCUGACAUUCCGACCUCACUCCACAGAAUCGUUCACUCAUCGCAAGAUGACUCUGUCACUUGCCGACCGUUCACAGAAGACAUCUGGUAUUAAGGUGCUUUCGCAAGUUGGGUUCGAUCCUGACCAAAACAGAUAUGAGAAGAUAAAGAAAGAAGAGGAGAAGUUGAGAGCUUCAUUGAAGAGAGAGAGCAAGCAGAAGAGAGCCAGAGAGAGAGGUGCCGGGCGUGGACUAUCCACCAGCUACCUGGAGCCUGACCAGGACGGGUCUGAGGACGAGGGAGGCAUCUCACUGUCAGCCAUCAAGAGCAAGUACAAGAAGGGCGGCAAGUCUAGUGAAAACAAGAGAAAUAUAUACUCUUCUGAUGAGGACGGGUCUGAUUUGGAUACGAGACGUGCAAAGAAGAUAGACAAAGCUAAGGCUCUAAAAGCUCUGGACUCGGAUGAAGAAGGUAGUGGUGAUGCAGAGGGAGAAGGUACAGCUGCGUCUGACUCUGAGGGAUCAGAGGGGGGGAAGAGCAGUGGCAGUGGAGGGGAGGGAGAGGGGGGUGACAGUGGUAGUGGUGGGGGAAGUGAUGAUGACUAA